ACUCGGGGCCCUGAGGGCAGCUGGCCGUGGGCGGACCGACCUGCGGCGCUCCUGGUCUCCAGCGCUCGCCCGGGAACGGCCGAGAAGACGAAGCCGCGCGGGUGGCGGCCUCGCAUGGGGGAACCGCCCCUCCAAGGCCGUCCUCGGGCCCUUGGCCAGUGGGGGGAAGAACGGGACAGUGGGUUCUGGCAACGGUGGGGGGGGGGGGCGAAGGCAGCCCAGCCUGGCUGCGGGGGUAAAGUGGUUCUCAGACCUGUUUGGUGCCCGAAAACUACUUGAGUGAAAGAGAACUUAUCCACUGGAUGGCGAGGACAUCGACAACCAUUGAAGGUCUUUGAGAACGGGUUUGGCUGCGUUUGGCUUCCGAACAAAUGGUGACAAGACCCCCCCCUCCCCUGAGCUGAUCCCCUUUCUACAGCCAGGAGCCAAUGGCCGGGGACAGAGCCAAACCCUGUGAGCUGGACCAAGAGAAAUACGAUGCCGAUGACAAUGUGAAAAUCAUCUGCCUGGGGGACAGCGCUGUGGGCAAGUCCAAACUUGUGGAGAGAUUUCUCAUGGAUGGAUUUCAGCCCCAGCAGCUGUCCACAUACGCCCUGACCCUGUACAAGCACACGGCCACGGUAGACGGCAAGACCGUCCUUGUGGGCAGUCAGAGCUGUGUUCACGUUGCAGACUUUUGGGACACAGCAGGCCAAGAGCGGUUCCAGAGCAUGCACGCCUCCUACUACCACAAGGCCCACGCCUGCAUCAUGGUAUUUGAUGUGCAGAGGAAAAUCACCUACAAGAACCUGAGCACCUGGUAUACAGAGCUUCGGGAGUUCAGGCCAGAGAUUCCAUGCAUUGUGGUGGCCAAUAAAAUCGAUGACAGGCCCAUGUCCUACCUUCUCUCUACAGCAGACAUAAAGAUGACCCAAAAAAGCUUCAAUUUUGCCAGGAAGUUCUCCCUGCCCCUGUACUUUGUCUCAGCUGCUGAUGGUACCAACGUUGUGAAGCUCUUCAGCGAUGCGAUUCGAUUAGCUGUGUCUUACAAACAGAACUCCCGGGACUUCAUGGAUGAGGUUUUGCAGGAGCUUGAGAACAUCAGCUUGGAGCAGGAGGAGGAGGAUAUGCUGGACAGAGAGCAGCGUGGCCGCAUCGAGAGCCCGCCUCCCUCCUGAGUCACGGAAGGAGGCCUCUCCCCAUGGCCGGCUCGGUGGGGAAGGGGAGUUCAGCAUACCCCUGCCUUCAGCAGCCCUUCAGCUCUCACCUGAGACAUUCUUCCAGGCCAUCCCCUGCCAUACCUCCUGCAGACCCAACCAUCCCGUUUGCUCCCCCACUUCCAUGGCCCAUGAGACCUGACCCUUCACAGUUGUUGCCUCCCCUGUAGUCACGGGCAGGGAAGGGAUCAACACCAGCAAGAGCCAUCAACAGGUGUAAGAGGUCCACACCAGACCCUGAGGCAGAAUUAAGGAUGGACCCUCCAGGUUAUGUGGGACAGUGAAGAAAAUCGGGGAACAUUCUGUGUGUGUCUCUUAAAUAAAAGGAAAUUUAGGUGGGUUUUUUCCCCCUCCCAGAACUGACCUCAGGGCCUAUUCGUUGCAUUUCUACCAAGGGAAUGAUUUCUAAUUCCUGACUAUCCUUUUUCCUCUUUAGUCUCCCAACGAAACCAGCCAUUUUAAGAAAAUGGUUUUGAGCAGAGAGCUGUUCAUUCCAUAAGUUUUUCCAGAGUUCUUCUAGGUACAGCCAGUACACUGAUGAACAGCGAAGCCAAGAUCACAGGCCCAAGUUUGUUGUUAACAUCACGUGAAAGCAGGUGACUGGUCUGGCCAUACUUAGUAAUACACAAACAUCGUAGUUGUAAACAUCAAGGGUCAAUACAGCCACACCACAAGGCACACCUGUUUGCAUUGUAAGAAAUUGACUUUAGGAAAGCUUCCUUUAAAACCCCUAUUUCAACAAGGGAGGCUUUCCUUCAUUUUUUUUGAGGACUAGUGUGGACAUUGUACCUCCUUGGGUGGCAAGGGCUGCUGAGAACUGUCAUGCUGCCUUUUCCAUUUAUCUCCAGGACUUGUGGUUCACUAGGAUGUUUUUAUGAUCAUCUUGUACAUCAUUUCCAUUUUUUAAAUUUAUUUUUAUUUACAUUGAAUAGAUGUGCAUGCUUUGUGGGUAUGGAUUUCUCUGAGCAAAAAGACAAGAGAACGAGCGGCUCAUCAGCCACAUUAAUAAGGGGAGACCGCCGUGAUCUGUCAUGUUAUCUCUUGAUUUAUUGUCACAGAGACCAUUUCAGUGGAAUUCAGUGCUUUUAAAAGAAUGGGUAUUUGGGAGUCAAGAACAAGCAUUUUUACCCUUUAGAUUACUGAUGCUUACAAUUUCAACUUCACAGAUUUAACCCGACCAGGAAAUUUCAGGAAUGCGUUACCCUGGUGAGAUGUACUUUUAAAAACAACAAUAAAGACAACCCUUCAGUUAUUAUAAA